AUGCCCGCGCUCAAUACCGACGUCCUCCUGGACAUUAUGGCCGUCUCCGAUAGAUCUGUCAUCUCUCGUCUGAUGCAGACCAGCAGGCUCUUCGUAGAAACUGGAGCCAAACAUCUUCUUGACGAAAAAAGCAUCCGCUUGCACACCGAGCGCGAUCUGGAUUCAUUCGUCGAUUUUCUCGCCACUCGUCAGGGUUAUCGGAUCCACUUCUUGAGAGGUCUCGGCUUGGAGAUGCAAGUUCUCAAACCAUCCGUUGCAAAGCGUCUGGACAGCCUGUUCAAUAAGCACGCCAGUCAAAUCUCCAUAACACUCCUCUACAUCCGCUUCGUCGAUUCUCUUCUCUAUCCCUGGGUAUUCUUCGCGGGAACGUUCACGCGCCUCACCACAAUCGAAGAGUCCAAAAUCAAAACUGCCGUCCUCGAAUGGAUUCUACCGCCCGAUCUUGAUCCCUUGCAGUUCCCAGAACAGGUGGUCGUCGAAGAAGAUGCGCGGAACGCCAUCCUCGCGCUCAGAACAUUCCAAUCUUCGCUCAAGAUUCUGAAGACGAACCGCGGCCAGCUUCAACGCUUCGACGGAGACAACACGUUCGACGAGGUCUACACUGGCGUUACGGAACUCUCGUGCAACAAUAUCAUGGUCGACUCCAUGAGUACGGUCGCCAUCGCACGUGCGUUCCCCAACCUCAAAGUCUUCAGCAUGGUCAAGAACCGCACCUGGAUGGAAGAUCGCGAGGAGCUCGACCGCCAGCAUGAGAAGAACGUCUCGGAGCAGACACGGGAGGGCUCUUGGAAAUCGUUGAGGCUCUUCGCCGCACGCCUAAACGACCUCUACGUUCUCAGCCCUAUCUGUCACAUUCACGGCAUCCACGUCGCCGGCCCUAAGAUGCACGUCCGCUCCCUUCGACGCAUCCUCAAGCGCACGCGACCGCUCCAACUGUCUCUUCUGGAGUACGAAGGCAACCUCUUUACCCCGGGCCUGACGGAGAUGCUGCGCAAGCCGUGCGUGGAGCAGGUCGAAUGCUUGGAGGUCAUCUUGCAGAUCGGCCAGACCCUCGCGCCGGAACUCAUCGACGGAGAAGCAAUGGUGGAGAGCUGGGUUACCGGCAUCAGCGGGCUCCCGCGCCUCCGCGUGCUCAGCCUUGGGCUCUUCUGCACGCUCGCGCGGACAAGCUCCCCGGACUCCGCGUCGUCUCACGCGGAGGUGUUCCUCAUGAAGCUGGAUUUGGACGUGCUCAUGCAGCGGUGCAAAAAAAGGCUGCACGAAUUCCUCGUCGUCAUCGUCAAGCAGCCCCAGCAGCCCCAACGGCUCUAG